AUGAUCUUUAAGAGUGACAACAUUCGUCUGGGCUACUUCCCGCACCUGGCAGAAGGAAGCCGGGGUGCUCAAGAGCUUAACAUCACCGAGAGCGGCUACGCGCUGACGCACCACAUGAUGACGCUGAUGCAGCUGACACCCGAGUCGACCGUGCUGGACAUGGGCUGCGGCAAGGGCCAGGCGUGUGUGGAUGUGGCACGCACUGCAGGUUGCACUGUGGUGGGCGUCGAUCUCUCCAGCACGAACAUCGCCAGGGCCAAUGAGCUGAAGUCGCUGAAUCCGAACCUAAGGUUGGACUUCUUGGAGGGCUCCAUCACAGACUUGCCCUCGAAGCUGACGUCUUCCAAGUUUAGCCACAUCAUGUCCGUUCAGGCAUGGGUUCACGUGCAUUCAGACCUGGACGCGGUCCUCGGCGAGUCCAGGAGCGUUCUGGAGCCGGGAGGCUUGGUCGUGGUCGAGGACUUCUGCUCGAACGACCGGGGCAUUGUCACCGAGCAGGCCAUGCGGCAUUUCUACAAGCGCCUCCACUUUGACAAGGUUUUGGGGCCGGCAGAGUGGCAGCGAAAGGCUGAAACUGCAGGAUUCUCUGUGGAGCAUGUUGAAGACCUGAAAGACCACAUGGCUCAGAGCUAUCGGCUCAUGGCCCAUGCUGCUGGAGACCUCGAAAUCCUCAGCGCCGAUGGCACACCUCUCCAAGAGAACUAUCACAACACUGUGGACAUCAUUCGCAAGGGUGAGGUUACCAUGCUUCUGGCCGUGCUCAAGCUUCCAGCCUGA